AUGGCGCCUCUCGCUACCGCUUCCCGCCUGUGCCUGCGCUCGUCGGCCGUGGCCAAGCCUGCCGUGCGCGCGCUGAGCUCGUCGGCCGUGCGCCAGGCUGAUGCUCCCGGAGCGGCUUCCUACACCAGCCCCUUCAAGGGCGAGUCCAAGGGCAGCAAGAUCCCCGACUUUAGCAAAUACAUGUCCAAGGGCAGCGAGACCUCCAACAAGCUCUUCUCGUACUUUGCGGUUGGCACGAUGGGUGCUAUUACUGCUGCUGGAGCCAAGAGCACUGUUCAAGAAUUCCUCCUGAACAUGUCUGCCUCUGCCGACGUUUUGGCCAUGGCCAAGGUCGAGGUUGACCUCAACACCAUCCCCGAGGGCAAGAACGUCAUCAUCAAGUGGCGAGGCAAGCCCGUCUUCGUCCGUCACCGAACCCAGGACGAGAUCGACCAGGCCAACAAAGUCAACGUCGCCUCCCUCCGAGACCCCCAGUCCGACGAGGACCGUGUCAAGCGCCCCGAGUGGCUGGUCAUGCUGGGCGUCUGCACCCACUUGGGUUGUGUCCCCAUUGGCGAGGCCGGUGACUUUGGUGGCUGGUUCUGCCCCUGCCACGGCUCCCACUACGACAUCUCUGGCCGGAUACGAAAGGGCCCUGCGCCUCUCAACCUGGAGAUUCCCGAGUACGACUUCCCCGAGGAUGACAAGCUUGUCAUUGGUUAA